AAUGGGUAAUGCAAAUGAGAAACAGAGCGGAGGUUCAGCCUCAAGUCUGGUCACGUUUAUGAAAGCGAAGCAUGGUGUUGAAUGUUGUGAAUUUGUGGAUUACUGGUGUCAGAAACAUGGGUUCCCCGAGGGAGGUUCUUUGAGUAAAUGCCAACUUGAGAAACUCAGAAAAAACUUAACUGAAGAGAGACGAAUGUUGUAUGAGCGAAAAAGAGUUAAAACAAAGGCAAUAAAGCGAAUGGAUGACAUGAAUGAAUGUUUGAAAGUUUGGGAAGCGGAGUGUGAAAAACGGGAGAGGCAGAAGGCCUGCAGGUCCCUGACUGCCCUGAAAAUAGAAAACAAAAAAGAGAUAACAGUCAAAAAGGCUGAUGAAUCAACUGAAAAUAAAGAAACUUCCUCAGCACCCUCUUCUUUUCUUUACCCUUCUACACAGAAUCUCUGGACUGCUGAUGACAUCAUUGCUGCAUCCAAGCACCUGCCCAAGCCAGAAAAAGGUGGGGAGGUCUUGGCGCGAGCCCUGGAGGACUUUGUCAGAGACUAUGUGCCCAGCUCUGGAGAAAUGGCUAGAGUGAUGCUGCAUAUUCUGAGCCAAUCCCAGUUCUCCACUCUGAGGAGCCACUUCGAGGCCCAACACCAGCCUGUGACUCACGACUGGCAUGACCCUGCCAACCAGAAUGCAGAAAACGUGACCUACAGACAAUGGAAAGAUGGACUGAUAGCGGCUGUUCGUGCUCACUUCCCUGUCCAGUGCGACCACGUAAAGGUCAGUGUCUGCAAACAACGUGAGGAUGAAGAUGUGGAGGAGCUCCUUGACCGGCUGCAGGCCGUUUAUGACAUCCAUAGCGGGAUGACUAAGCCUGAUGAUUUCCCUCGGGGGGACAUGACACCUUAUGAGACCCUCCUCAGACAGCACAGUUUGAUGAUGUUUUUGUUCUGAAUAAUUUCAUUUAAGAAAUGUUGGAAUCUCAGUUUGGACCAUUUAGCUUAAUGAAUAUGGAAUUUGACCAAAAAUAAAAACAACUGGAAUAAAAAUACAAUCUUUGUCAGUAAAGUAACCCAGAAUUAUUUCUUUCUCUAAACAUUUGACAGUUUCUUUACUUAUAAUUCUAAUCUCAUUUCCAACUUCCAUCCCAAACAUGUUAGUAUGUC